CAGAACUUCAUUCAACGGAGAGAGUGACACUGAAGUAGACAGAAGAUCUUCAGCAAAAAAAUCUAUUCAGCAACAAAGUCAAAAAUGAACAGAGCAACAGCUGUACUGACUGCCAUCCUGCUCCUGUGUGCUAUUGCUGCACAAGGCAUUCCAAUCCCAGGUAAUCAAGGACGGUGUCUGUGUCCCACGACCAGCUCCGAUUUUAUUCAUCCAAGCGCUAUCAAGAAUUUACAAUACAUUCCCAAAGCACCACAUUGUGAGACACAGGAGAUAAUCAUCACCAAGAAAAAUGAGCAGAAAGUUUGUGUGAACCCCAAUGCCAAGUGGGUGAAGAUUAUCAUUAAAUCCAGAAAAGGUUCCAGACGACAUAACUAAGAAUUGAAGCUGUGAUGGGAUUCACUUGAUUGCCCCCCCACGGAAUUUGCUGUACAGUGAACACUGAAAUGAAGAAGCCCUGUGCAGGGCACUCACUUUCUGAUAUCACUGUUCGAUAUGUUGUUCGAGCAGUUCCCCUGUACUGAUCCUCUGGAAUGUACUUCAUUGUUUAACCUACUUACACUGUAAUUGUAAUUGUCUACACAGAGCCUGAGAAAUCCGGCUGCUGUUGUGAAAUGUUGUGCCGUGCUGGAGAGCUUCUUUUUACAGGAUGUGAUUUGUACGAUUAUUCUGAAUGUGGUCUGGGACUGGAGCAGAUACUGUACAACUGAAAGCAAUUUGUUAACUUUCUCCAUUAGUAUUGGAAAAUAAUUUCCAAUCGUCAGAAGGUGUAUGUGAUCAUGAAAAUAAUAAUAGACUUGUGAACUUAGGGAGGAAUCAAAAUGAAACAUCUAUUGGUUUUCAAAUAUUAUUGUUUCAGGUAAUGUAAUCAGUGCCAAUUUUUCAAUGAAUUGACUUAUUGACUGUUAGAAAAUUAUUUCGCUAGGUUUGUGCAUCACUGCCAAAGCCAGCACUUAUCCCCCAUUCCUUUAUGCACAUGUGAAUAUGCUGGUAAGCGACUUUGUUGAACUGCUGCAGUCCUUGUGGCUGUGAGGAGUGGAGAGAUCUGAUGACGAAAGGGACGAUAGUGCAAGGCAAAACAGACAGCAAUGGGGCAAGUGAAGGAAAAAGCUGUGUUGUGAGGAGGUGUAAAUGGGAAAAUACAGAACAGGGGACAAUUCACUAAUAUCCAAUAAGAAGAUGUAGG